AUGACAGCAGAUGAAGUGGAGCGGCUGGUAAAAAUUGCACUGGAUUGGCUUGGUGGGGAUAGAAUUGAAUACCGGCGUUUAGCUGCGGUUUUAAUUUUAAAAGAAAUGGCUGAGAAUGCUUCAACAGUUUUCAAUGUGCAUGUUCCUGAGUUUGUGGAAGCUAUUUGGGUUGCUCUGAGAGAUCCAAAGUUGAAUAUUCCGGAGAGAGCUGUGGAGGCAUUGCGAGCCUGCCUUUGGGUCAUUGAGAAGCGUGAAACUCGAUGGCGUGUUCAGUGGUAUUAUCGUAUGUUUGAGGCUACACAAGAUGGUUUGGGAAGAAAUGCUCCUAUACAUUGCAUACAUGGUUCGCUGCUUGCAGUUGGGGAACUGCUGAGGAAUACAGGUGAGUUCAUGAUGUCUCGAUAUAGAGAAGUUGCUGAGAUUGUCCUUCGGUAUCUAGAGCAUCGUGAUCGGCUUGUUCGUCUCAGCAUAACUUCUUUGCUUCCUCGAAUUGCCUAUUUCCUACGGGACCGUUUUGUGACGAACUAUCUGACGACUUGCAUGAAGCACAUAUUUCGUGUUCUUAAAAUGCCUGCGGAAGCUGCUAGCGGGUUCAUUGCUCUUGGGGAAAUGGCUGGUGCAUUGGAUGGUGAACUCAUCAAUUAUUUGCCGACAAUAACAUCUCACUUGCAUGAUGUUAUUACUCCUCGUAGAGGGCAGCCCUCUAUGGAGGCUUUGGCCUGCGUUGGCAAUCUUGCAAAAGCUAUGGGACCUUUUAUGGAGCCUCACGUACGAAAUCUUCUGGAUGUAAUGUUUUCGGUUGGAUUAUCCUCCACCUUAGUGGAAGCCCUUGAGCACAUAACUGCCAGCAUUCCAACCUUGCUUCCGACCAUUCAAGUACGCUUACUUGAUUGCAUUUCUGGAGUUUUUGCUCGUAACCAACAAGUUCAGUCAAGGCCUUCCAAUGCCAUUACUCGGACUACUAGCUCAGCUGCUAUGUUGCAAGUAUCAGAACACUGUAGUUCAGCUCUUGUUCAACUUGCUUUACAGACUCUUGCGCGUUUCAAUUUUAAGGAUCGGGAUCUUCUUGAGUUCGCGAGAGAGUUAGUUGUGCCCUAUCUAGAAGAUGAUGAUGGGGGUACUAGAAAAGACGCUGCCUUGUGUUGCUGCAAACUAAUGGAAAAUUCCUUGUUUGGCAUCUUGUCGGUUCCAUUAACUUCUAAUAGAUCAACUCGCUCUGGUGGAAGACGGCGUCGCCUCAUUGAGGAGAUUGUGGAAAAACUUCUCAUUGCAGCUGUUGCUGAUGCUGAUGUUGCGGUUCGACUAUCUAUAUUUUCUUCUUUGCAUGAGACUGGGGGAUUCGAUGAUUAUUUGGCACAGGCCGAUUGUUUGACUGCAGUUUUUGCUGCCUUAAAUGAUGAGGAUUUCGCAGUUCGGGAAAUUGCUAUAUCACUGGCUGGAAGACUAUCUGCAAAGAAUCCAACAUAUGUUCUUCCAGCUCUUCGUCGCCAUCUUAUUCAAUUGUUAACUUACCUAAAACAAAGGUGUUUGCAGAGAGGAAAGUGCGAAAUGUUGGGAUGCUUAAUUCGUAAUUGUGAGAGAUUGAUACUCCCAUAUAUUUCUCCAAUACAGAAGGCCCUCAUUACAAAACUCAAUGAGGGAACUGGGACGAGUGUCAAUAAUGGCAUCAUAACUGGAGUUCUGGUAACUGUUGGAGAUCUCACCAGAGUAGGUGGAUUUGCAAUGAGACAGUAUAUUCCAGAGUUGAUGCCCUUAAUUGUCGGAGCUUUAUUGGAUAGUGCAGCUGCCAUGAAACGUGAAGUGGUAGUUACCACUCUAGGUCAAGUGGUACAGAGCAGGGGUUAUGUUAUCACCCCAUAUAAUGAGUAUCCUCAAUUGCUUGGGCUGCUUCUUAAAUUGCUUAAUGGCGAGUUGGCAUGGUCUACCAGACGUGAAGUUUUGAAGGUCCUUGGCAUAAUGGGUGCUUUAGAUCCCCACGUGCAUAAACGCAAUCAACUGACUUUACCAGGGUCCCAUGGAGAAGUUGCUAGUGCGGCUUGUGAUCCUAGUCAGCAUACCAGGUCGUCGAUGGAUGAAGUACCUGUGGAUCUUUGGCCAUCCUUCGCAACAUCAGAAGACUACUACUCCACUGUGGCUAUUACCUGUCUGAUGCGAAUUUUUAGAGAUUCUUCACUUUCAAGUUACCAUCAAAAGGUGGUUGGGUCUCUAACAUUCAUUUUCAAGGCAUUGAAUCUGGGUUGUGUUCCUUACUUACCCAAGGUUCUGCCUGAACUUCUUCAUACUGUUCGUUCGUGCGAUGAUAAUAACCUUAAGGAGUAUAUUACAUGGAAACUUGGAACACUGGUUUCUAUUGUUCGCCAGCAUAUUCGGAAAUAUCUUCCAGAUUUGUUCUCUCUAAUAUCAGAGUUAUGGUCAUCAUUCAAUUCGCCUGCUGCUAACAGACCAGUCCAUGGAUCUCCGGUUCUCCAUCUGCUUGAGCAACUUUUCUUGGCUCUUAAUGACGAAUUUAAAACACAUCUCCCAUUUAUUCUUCCAUCUUGCAUUCAAGUACUAACUGAUGCUGAGAGGUUUAAAGACUACACUUAUGUUGUUGACAUUCUCCAUACUCUUGAAGUUUUUGGCGGAACGUUGGUUGAUCAUAUGCAUCUUCUUCUUCCUGCACUCGUUCGAAUCUUUAAGUUGGAUGCUUCUAUAGAAGUGCGGCGUGUCGGGUCACAUAUCUGCUCUUGUACAUCACUUGAAGCUUGUCUUGGACGGCAUAAGGAUUUUGAAGAAAUUGAAGAUCGUAUCAGAAGAAGGGACCCAUUGAUCCUAGUGACGGUUGCUCAGGAACAAACUUGUCAAUUUCCUGGAGAAGUUAUUAGCGACCCUUUGAAUGAUACAGAGGAUCCAGAGAGUAGAGUUGAUCCACAUAAGCCUCAUAAGGUUAAUGAGGGCCGAAUACGUUCUGCAGGGGAAGCCUCUCAACGCAGUACGAGAGAGGAUUGGACAGAGUGGAUGAGACAUUUUAGCAUUGAACUAUUGAAGGAAUCACCUGCACCUGCUCUGAGAACAUGUGCCAAGCUUGCCCAACUCCAACCUUUUAUUGGACGGGAGUUGUUCGCAGUUGGUUUUGUCAGUUGCUGGACAGAGCUGAACGAAUCUUGCCGAAGACAGCUAGUGCGCAGUUUGGAAAUGGCAUUUUCAUCUCCAAACAUUCCUCCUGAAAUUCUUGCCAUACUUUUGAACUUGGCUGAGUUUAUGGAGCACGAUGAGAGACCCUUUCCCAUUGAUAUACGUCUAUUGGGUGCCCUUGCAGAAAAGUGUCGUGCAUUUGCAAAGGCUCUGCACUAUAAAGAGAUGGAAUUUGAAGGUGCAUGCUCAAAUAUGAUGGAUGGCAACCCUGUUGCUAUAGUGGAAGCUCUUAUUCAUAUCAAUAAUCAAUUGCACCAACAUGAGGCGGCAGUUGGGAUAUUGACAUAUUCUCAACAACAUUUGACCUCUGAAGUAUCAAGCCAACAUCUUAUUCUGGAAGCAACACUAGGACAAAUGAGAUGCCUUGCUGCACUGGCUAGAUGGGAAGAGCUCAACAAACUCUGCAAGGAGUAUUGGGCACCUGCUGAACCAGCUGCUAGACUGGAAAUGGCCCCAAUGGUUUGGCAAGCCCUUUUGUCUGUCAGGUCACUUGUGCUUCCACCUACAGAAGAUGUAGAGACAUGGAUAAAGUUCGCCUCUCUUUGCCGUAAAAGUGGUAGAAUUAGCCAAGCUAGAUCAAGUUUGACUGAACUAUUACAGUUUGAUCCAGAAUCAACCCCUGAAACUGAACGUUAUAUUGGGGACCCUCAAGUUAUUCUAGCUUAUUUGAAAUAUCAAUGGUCACUCGGGGAGGAUCAUAGACGCCAAGAAGCUUUCGCAAGACUAAAGGAUUUGGGUGUUGACUUCUCAAGAAUGCCUGGUUUUGAACAAUCCAUGCAGUCCGGAUUAAUGGGUACCUCGAGUAUUCCUUUCGCUGCUCGUGUUUAUCUUAAGUUAGGAACUUGGCAGUGGGCACUAUCCCCUUGUCUGGAUGACGACUCUAUACAAGAAAUUCUCAAUGCAUUACGUAAUGCAACUCACUGUGCAACAACAUGGGCAAAAGCUUGGCACAAUUGGGCACUUUUCAAUACGGCAGUUAUGUCUCAUUACACUUUGAGAGGAUAUAAGCUCUCAGAUUCAGAUAUCCUUCGUCUCCUAACCCUGUGGUUCAACCAUGGAGCCACAUCAGAAGUUCAGAUGGCACUACAGAGAGGAUUUUCACUAGUAAAUAUAAACACAUGGUUGGUUGUUUUGCCCCAAAUAAUUGCCAGGACACAUUCUAAUAACCUUGCAGUGAGAACUGAUACAAGCACUGUUGGUACGAAUUGGCAGAGCCAUCCACAGGCUCUUAUGUACCCUCUUCUUGUGGCCUGCAAAUAUAUUAGCACUUUACGGAAGGAGGCAGCUCAAGAAGUGGUUGAUCAAGUUAGGCAGCACAGUGGGGUGCUAGUGGAUGAGGCCCAACUUGUAUCUGCGGAGUUGGUUCGAGUUGCUAUACUUUCGCUUGAAAUGUGGCAUGAAGGAUUAGAAGAGACAAGCCGCUUAUAUUUUGGCGAACGUAACGUUGAGGCAAUGAUGACUGUUUUAGAGCCAUUGCACCAAAUGCUCGAGGAAUGUGCAAUGAGGAACAAUAACACCAUAAACGAGAGAUUCUUCAUUCAGCAAUACCGUCAAGAACUUUUGGAUGCCCACGCAAGCUGCAUCAAAUACACAAGAACUAAGAACUGGAAACGAUGCAGAAUUAACUCAGGGAUAAUUUUAUCCCUGAUUUCAAAUGCCAUUUUUCUUUCCUCGGCGGCUGGCUUGUACUUGUGCUGGGUAAGCUGGAAACGGCGGGCGGGGGCGGCGGUGGCCGAUGAGGGGUUCUUAUUUUGUGCAUCACCACCUAGUGAGGCAUACGAUGCCUCUGCUGAGGGAGGUUCUCCCUUUGAUAGCCUACGCUCCCUCGACGUCGACUUGGAAAAGAGGUUUGAAAGUUAA